AUGGCUUUGCAGACAGUAAUUCCUCCAGCAAUCCCCAGCGCUCAAGUUGUUGCAAAUGCUUUCAUUGCGCAGUAUUACCAUAUUCUUCAUCACAACCCAGACAAUGUCUACAGAUUUUAUCAGGAUUCAAGUGUGAUGAGCCGGCCUGAUGCUGACGGUGUGAUGAGAUCUGUGACCACGAUGCAAGGAAUCAAUGAUCAGAUCCUUUCCUUUGAUUACAAGGAAUAUAAGGCUGAGAUAGAAACUGCAGAUGCUCAGAACUCUUACAAAGAUGGGGUCACUGUGUUAGUUACUGGAUGCUUAACAAGCAAAGAUAACUUGAAAAGGAAAUUUGCUCAAUCAUUUUUUCUUGCCCCACAAGAGAAUGGGUUCUUUGUAUUGAAUGAUGUCUUUAGGUAUGUAGAAGACGGAGAACUAUUGAAAAACCAUUCAGUUAAUGGAGUUAAUGAUGCCACAUCAGUCCUCUUAAACCAAGAACCAGAACCAACUUAUGUUCCGGAUCCUCCCGCACCUGAUUUGGAAACUGCUCCAGUUGAAGAAGAUCAAAAUGUUGUUGAGAAAGCUUUUGACACAUCGGACCAGGAUAGACAAUCAGCUAAUGAGAAGGAAUCUGGUAUUGAACGCCCAUCUUAUUCAAAUGGAGAUAAUGUCUCCGUUGUAGUUGAAUCAGCUUCUACUACAGCCCAAGAAGAUGGUCAAAAGAAGUCUUAUGCAUCAAUUGUAAAAGUAGCAAAAGGAAGUUCAGGCCCAAAUAAGGUUUAUGUGCCCACUAAUACCGUAAAAGUUGCUCCUAAGAAAAUGGAGAAUUCUUUGCCUGGUUCGGCUGCAUCUGCUUCCGUGCCCGAAGCAUCAGCCCCAACUAGCAGUACUACCAUAGAGAAUCGUGAGACUAAUGAGGAAGCUGAGGGCUAUUCUAUAUACAUAAGUAAUUUGCCCUUGAGUGUGACGGCCGAUCAGCUUGAGGUAGAAUUCAAGAAAUUUGGACCAAUAAAGGAAGGAGGCAUCCAAGUCCGAAAUAAGAAGCUUCAGGGAUACUGUUUUGGAUUUGUUGAAUUUCAGUCUUUAAGUUCCAUGAAUAGCGCCAUUCAGGCUUCACCGAUCACUAUUGGUGGACUUCAAGCUACGAUCGAGAUAAAGAAAACUAACACGCGAAUUGGUAACAGUGGAAGUGGUUCGUUCUCUUCUGGAAGGGGAGGGUUUCGGAGUGACAGCUUUAGGGGCCAUGGUAGUUAUGGUGGUGCCAGGAGCCUUGUUAGAAAUGAGUAUGUGAACAGGGCUGAAUUUUCUGGUCGGGGCAGGGGUCGAGCUGGACGUGGCGGAGAUGGUUAUCGACAAGGGAGAGGAGGUGGUCAUCAACAAGGGAGAGGAGAGGGAUAUCAACAAUUCAGAGGAGAGGGUUAUCACCAAGGAAGAGGAGACGGUUAUCAACAUGCGAGAGAAGUAUAUCAACCGAGAGGAGACAAUUAUCAGCAAGGGAGAGGAAGAAGAGGUGGCCAUCCAAGUGGACCAAAGCAGAAUGUGGUUUCAGCAUGAAGUGAGGAACCUAGGCUUUUCUUUUGACGUAAUUGCUUUUAUGACUAGUGCCCUGACAGUAUGGAUCUAAGUUGGAGUAACAAUUAGAGGAAGUGGCAUUUGCCUUAGGUUAGGUUUUGUUUUACCUAGCGGAAUUUUGUCGCAGUGUUGGGUAUGAUGUAACAUGUUCAGAAAGUUCAGGUCACCUGCCAAUUUUACAUGAAACUUUCAAGCUUACUCUGAUGAGUCUGAUCGCAUAGUUUUGGUGCCUAGUAGCCGGUAGUUUAAAGAUCCUAAUAGGUAAUAGAUUGAUUUGUUUGGGUCUAUACUGGAUUCUUUUGAUUGUUUGGUUUCCAACUUUACAUGUUCUUUUUCCUUGAUCUCCUUCUCUAGCUCUGCACUGACUGGAGUCAAAUAA